AUGAACGGUACUACUCAGCCUGACUUUAAAGAAUUCAUCAAAUUACACGAUGAUCAACUAAAAGCAAGUGGAAUUCCUGGUCACUUUUGGCGUAGACUACACGAGAAACUUUUACAUGAGAUAUAUGAUGCUAACACAAGUGUUAUGAUGCAACAGAUUGAAUAUACAAAUGACGACGGUGAUGAUAAUGAAAUUGGAAGCGAAGAGUUAACUGUUAAUCGUGACUGGGAUAUUUUAGUUUGUAGUGAUCACCUUUUAGUAUCAGAUAGUAAUAAUAUCUUUCUCGUUGAUCAUGCGUGGACUUUUGAUGUACAAUCUAUGAAAGAGUGCUUACUUCAACUUCCUAGUCUCUUAGAACGAAUGGCUUCAUUAAUGAAUAUAAAUACUUUAAAUCAACUAAACGAGGAUAUCGCUUCAAAUAUUUGUAAAAAUGUAUGGAAAUAUUGUCGAUAUUACAAAUUAUCAACACAGGAGAAUAUGUCAUUGUUAUCACAAGUACCUGAGUUGCAACAAAUAAUGUGGUAUGUAUUGGAUGAAGUUGGAUCACGUAUUCAACAUUCCGAUGAGCCUACAGCUCGUAUGGUACCAUUUUACUAUGUACCACGUAACUUAUGUUACUCUGUGUUCUGGCCUAUUAAAGAUUUACAAAAAAAUGAUAGUAUUACAAUUGAUUAUGUAGAACAUGAUUUUUCUAAUGAACCUAUUGAACAUACAUACAUUUUUACAGAUGAAUAUUUUACAUCUCAUCGAGUACAAGAAACAUUACCAAUAUGUCAAAUGAAUGAACCAAUUAAACGAGAAUAUUUUACUGUUUAUACGGAUUGGAAUCAAGUUAAACAAUAUUUAACUCAUUCACAAUUUACUUUUGUUGAUUCACCAGAUAAAGCUGAUAUUAUUUGGAUGUAUACACAUUUCAAGGAUUUUGAACGAUUAUCUGUAGACAGUCCAAAUACGUAUAUUAAUCAGUUCCCUGUGUAUGAACUUCCACAAUUUUGUGCUUAUUUCCAAUCGAAUUAUAAUAAAAUCAUUAGUACUAAUGAUGAACGUGGAAGAAAUGAUAAACAUAAUAUAUGGAUAUUGAAGCCUUGGAAUCUUGGUCGAGGUGUUGGAAUUGUGAUUACUGACAAUUUGGAUAGAAUAAUAAAAACUUGUGAUGUUAACCCAAUGAUCGCUAGUCGAUAUAUCACAGAUCCUGUUUUAUUUUAUCGUAACGACCUACAAGCUAAUGUGAAAUUUGAUAUACGCUAUGUGGUAUUAUUACGUUCUGUCAAACCGUUAAUUCUGUACACAUAUAAAGUAUUUUGGCUUCGAUUUGCAAAUAAACCAUUUAUUUUAGACGAUUUCGACUCAUAUGAUCGACAUUUCACAGUUAUGAAUUAUCGUUCAGCUGACAAUUUGAAACAAAUACAUUGCGAUGAAUUCGUUGAAUUGUUCGAUAAACAAUAUCCAGAUCACAAAUGGUCAACUAUUGAGCUAAAAAUACAUCGACUUCUAGUUGAAAUUUUUCAAGCAGCCACAAAAUAUCCACCACCACGUGGUCUAAGUCAUAAUGUCCAAUCUCGAGCAUUAUAUGCUGUUGAUAUACUAUUGGAAUGGCGUUCAAAUGGAUAUGCUUCAUCUAAUCAAAAAGAUAUAUAUCCUGUAGUAUGUGAAGUGAAUUUUUCACCAGAUUGUGAAAGAGCAUGUCUUUAUCAUUCGAACUUUUUCAAUGAUAUAUUUUCAUGCUUAUUUCUAGAUCAAUCAUCUGAUUUAUGUAACAUACACAAACUGACAUAA